GCGGAAUAUGACGUCGAUUACAGUCGACGGCGCUGCUCUUUAUUGUUUUUAUUAGCCGUCCAUACCGUCCAAAGAUGGAUCAAAUAUGUACUAGAAAAUGACUAACGCAGCUCUUUAUAAUAUUAUGGACUGGUCAAUGAUUUAGCGGAGAGUUUCGGCGACUCUGAUUUCAGCAAAAAUGAACAAAGGUUGGCUGGAGUUAGAAAGUGACCCGGGGUUGUUCACACUCUUGGUGGAGGACUUUGGUGAGUUGAUCUGUUUUGGACAUUCAUGCUUUUAAGGUGUGUGAAGGGCGUUCAGGUGGAGGAGAUCUACGAUCUUCAGAGCAAAUGUCAAAGUCCUGUAUAUGGGUUCAUUUUCCUCUUCAAGUGGAUCGAGGAGCGAAGAUCUCGACGUAAAGUCUCCACGCUGGUGGAUGAAACCUCUGUCAUCGAUGACGAGAUUGUUAAUGACAUGUUUUUUGCUCACCAGCUGAUACCGAACUCCUGUGCCACUCACGCUCUUCUGAGUGUGCUUCUGAACUGCAGCGGCGUGGAGCUGGGAAUGACUCUGAGCCGUAUGAAGACUUUCACCAAAGGCUUCAGUCCUGAGAGUAAAGGUUACGCCAUUGGAAAUGCUCCUGAGCUAGCAAAAGCUCACAAUAGCCAUGCCAGACCAGAGCCGCGGCACCUGCCUGAGAAACAGAAUGGCAUCAGCGCUGUGCGGACGAUGGAGGCGUUUCACUUUGUGAGUUACGUGCCAAUCAAAGACCGGCUGUUUGAGCUGGACGGGCUGAAGGCGUUUCCCAUCGACCACGGGCCAUGGGGUGAGGAUGAAGAGUGGACGGAUAAAGCCAGACGGGUCAUAAUGGAGCGAAUAGGACUGGCCACUGCUGGAGAGCCAUACCAUGACAUCCGGUUCAAUCUCAUGGCGGUGGUUCCAGAUCGCAGGAUAAAAUACGAGUACAAACUAGACAUCCUGAAACAGAACAGGCAGAUCGUUCUGGAAGGACUCCAGCAAGUCAGGGAGAAAAAAGUAAUUCGCGUGGCCCAACAAGAUUCAAGCCAAGAUCGAAAGCAACAAGACUCCUCCUCUUCAGAAGACACGCCCCCCGCUGUGAAAAAGGAGGAGGGGAAAGAUACACAGAUACCUUUGUGUACAGAGCAGGGCACACCCACAGAAACUCAGGAAGGUGCUGCUGCUUUACCAAGUCCCGCUGGAAAAGUCAGACCCAUGGCUAAACCUGCCACCUUACCAACAGGAGGCGCUCCGCCACCAGCCCCUCUACAUGUUCCCAGCCCCAACCCCAUCGUCCAGCGUCUGCCUGCCUUCCUGGACAACCACAACUACGCCAAGUCCCCCAUGCAGGAACAGGAGGAUCUUGCUGCGGGUGUGGGUCACUCACGCCUACCUGGCCCCCCUCAGCCCCCUUAUUCUGAUGACGAGGAUGACUAUGACGAUGAAGAGGAGGAGUGUAGCACUUCAGGUGCCACGAGCAGGGUCCGAAGAAAGAUUGGUUUACGUACACGUACCAUGGGCCGCAGUGGAGUGGGUGCGGUUACGGCUAUGGAGGGUCACCUAGCACUCAGCGUUUUAGCUGAGAAACUCAAGAAGGAAGUCCAAAGGAAGGACUCCAUUGCAACAGCGGGAUCCACAGCUCUGAAUGUACGUACCGAGGGUCGCACUGGUGGGAUCAGCAUCACCUCAGCCUGCCAGCCAUCACCCACUCCCAGUAACGAAAGCACGGAUACGGCCUCGGAAAUCGGCAGCGCGUUCAACUCACCACUGCGCUCACCCGCGCGAUCGCAAGCAGCUACACGUCCCUCCAGCCCUGUGGUGCCCCACUUGAGUCGUGUUUUGUUUGGAGAAGACGAGGGGCUGCUGAGGUUAGACGCCCGACACAAUCGAGCCGUCCGGGACUUGGGGGCGCUAGUGAGCUCCACAAAACUGCGACUGCAAGAGGACGGCGUCAUGUACGCCUUGCCACCUACAGAAAUGUUAGAAGGGAUAAAGAAAGCAGACGGUGUGGAAAAGAAAGAAAAAGAAGAGGCGACUGGUAAAGGACGAGAAGAGGAGGUGAAGGAAGGACCAUCAGUGGAGAUGAAAGAGGAAGACGUCAAAGAAUCAGUGGACGUCAAACCCGAAAAGGAGAACCUGCCGUCCACCAAUGCUGAAACCGGUACCAAACCUCCUGGAGAAAAAUAUACUCCAAAAGAGUUGCUGGCCUUGCUUAAGUGCGUGGAAGCAGACAUUGCCACCUAUGAAUUGUGUUUGAAAGAAGAAGUGGAGAAAAGGAAAAAGUAUAAGAUCGAUGACCAAAGGAGGACUCAUAACUACGAUGAAUUCAUCUGCACCUUCAUAUCAAUGCUGGCACAAGAAGGUAUGUUAGCGAGUCUGGUGGAGCAGAACAUCUCUGUGCGUCGCAGACAGGGCGUAAGCAUUGGCCGACUCCACAAACAACGCAAACCUGACCGGCGGAAACGUUCACGACCGUACAAAGCCAAGCGACAAUAAAUGCUAAUCACCAACACAAUCUUUCUGAAGCAUUGUCCAGAGACAUUUCAAAAGAUGAACAACGACACCAAACACCUCAUUGACAUUGUUAGAUAUAGAUAAAAAUAUGGUAUUGUUUCACAUAAUAAACCCAUAUAAAAGUACAUUACCACUUCCAAAGCAAAGUGGUGAUUCUCAAAAGAUGUUUAGAGAUACUGAACCAUUUUUCAUGUUGCCAUAAGGAAUCAUUACUUCAUGUACUGUAUCAGGCUUAAUCAUUAAACCAACAAUCACUGGAGCGCCAAUUUGGGAAAAUGACUGAGUAUCUUGACUGAGUGUAAGGACUGGACUGAUUCAGACUCUUAAGUUACAAAGAUUCGAGAAAUCCUAAAUAUCUAGUCAAGGUGCUACCAAAGAUAACAGUGCUCCAGAUUCACUCAAACAUUGCUGGGUAUAUAUCUGUUGUUAACCAAU